AUGAAUUUUUCAGCAAAUGAAACUAUUAAUGAAUCUAGUAACAGCAAUUUAAGAGUUUAUCAUAUAUCUAAUAAUAACUCUCAAAUGACUAACUCUACUAAUUCAACUGGAACAUAUAAAUACUUAUAUAAUAACUUGAAACAUUAUUUUCUAACAUGGUAUUUACCUACAGUAAUUGUCUUAGGAAUUGUUGGCACCGUAUUCUGUUUGGUGUUUCUAUUUUUGUCAAGAUUAUUUCCACAGAAUAUGUUGAUUUGGUUAGUUAGUAUAUGUUUUGGAGAUUUUUUUAUACUCUCCUUGGAAGGUAUAUGGAUGUUAUUAAAAGUUUGGUAUAAUUAUGAUAUACGUGAUAAUAAUAACUUUAUAUGUGUAUUACAUACAAGCUUAUCAAAUUAUUUUUUCUAUUGGUCGGCUUAUAUGCAAAGUAUGUUGUCAUUACAACGAGCAUAUUCAAUUAUCAGACCAUUACGUGCUAGAAAUAGUGGUCCAAAACUGAUAUGUCUUUUUCGCCUAUGGUUUUUGAUAUCUAUCUGUCUUAUAUUACCAAUUCUCCCUUAUCCAUUAUAUUGGCGAGUUAUCAACGGUGACUGUGAUCCAACAAAUACAGAUCUAUAUCAUGUUACAACAUUGAACGAUUUCAUUAUCUGGGGUUUAAUUCCACUUAUUGGUAUGACAUCGUCUACAGUCAUAAUAUGUUGGAACAUUUUUCGAUUGCGAAAAUGUUUUCGUGAAGCAACCUCUUCAGUUUGUUUACAUGAAAAUGAACAAAAGAGAAAGUCUAGUGCAUCCAGGGUCAGUGCAUUGGUUUACUACUUCAGAACAGAUGAUAUAUCUGGGAAUUUUCGUAAACGUUCAAAUUCUCUAUCAGUUUCUGAAUCUGCACUAAAUUUGCAAAUGAAGUCUCAAUGUGAAAUUCUACCUAAGAUUUAUAAACCUGUAUCUGUUCACAACUUAAUCGAUCACACAUCAAGGUGCAACCCAAAAUUUCACUCUCAAGCAAUCAUUAGAUCAACAAAUCCUUUCAAUACACGAAGAGAUUUUACAACAAAGUGUAAAGCAUUAUCAUUUGACCAGAUUACCAAUUGUGUAAGACCUAUUCGUAACCCAGGUUACCGCCAUGGUGCAACAGAUAAUGUAGGUCAUGUGACACGACUUUUGGUAUGUAUGAAUAUUUGGUAUAUGUCUAGUACAUAUCCACUGAUUGUUUAUUUAAUAUUAUUAAAUUUUGUGCUAACAAAUGUUGAUCGUGAUGUUCACAAAUUCAUGUAUUACUUAUCAAGAAGUUUAUGUUUUUUAAAUGCAUGUUCAAACUGGAUAUUUUAUUGUGCAUCAGGACGAUUAUUUCGUUCCCGCAUACAUCAAAUGAUACUGCGUUUCAUGUGUCGGAUACGGUUCCGUCACAGAAGUCGAAAUUCUGUUCCAAUACCACCAGACUAUACAAAUCAUUUCAAAAACCAAUUUGUUUUGAAUACGUCAAAAAAUGUGUACCAUCCACGUGUCAGUCCAUUUUUUAAAUAUUUCAGUGAAACAAGGAAAAUCAGCAUGCGGUUAAAUAAGAAUCAUGGUGGUAACAAAAUCAAUAAUAUGAUGCAACCGAAUAUGGAGUUUAUCGAUAAUUUUGGAGGACACUUGCUCAAUAGUUCUUUUGAGACAGUAAAAAACCAAAAAACUGAGAAUUCAACUGCUAAGGAUAUUAGUUUCAUGCAUAAUUCGUCAGGGAAAUAUUCAAAUAACUGUUUCCCUUUAGGCUACCAGUGCUUUUGUAAUUUAUUUCCUUGCUCACUAAAAGCUUUUAGUAAACCUUCCGAUUCAAAUAAACAUUUAUCAGUUAAACCUUAUCCAAACGUGGGAAAGUUACAAAAAGAUGGAAAUGGAAGUGAAGAGCAAAAUGUUUUACUUGGAUGUAACGGAUGCUUUACAGGGUUCUGUUGUUGGAGGUUUUGGUGGUAUGGUUUGAUGGCCGGAUGUAUCAAACGCAUACCCAAUACAAUUGAAACUGUCACAGAUAGCGACCAAAAUCAUUCUGUUCAAGUCCUUACAGGAAUAUCAACUUCAUCAUCAGUGUAUGAUAGCUGUGAUUUGCAUCGACGCCAUUCAGAAUUUGCUUUGAACAACUUAAAUUACAAAUACUGUACGCACUAUCGAUCCACAGAAAAAUUUCGUGAACUUGAACCAAAAAGGAAGCUAGAGUUGGAUUUAGCCAUUCAAAAUACAUUUAAUACACAAAAGCUGCAUGAAAUUGCAAAAUCAUACCCAUCUAGUAGGUCAUUUACUACUCCCAAUAAUGCGAUACGUUCAAUAAUUGACAAAGAUAAAUCUGUUGUUGAUUACACACAUUCUGACAUAAUAUUGCCUAAACAGAUAAUUCCAAAAUGUUUUUGUUAUAUAUCAUCGCAAGGUAAUCGUAAAUUUAAUUAUAAUUUGUGCCAAUACCACCGAGAUUUUAAUUCAUCCUGCCGUCAUCAUCAUAGUCAUCAUCAACAUUUUUGGCCAUUAUACAGUUCACAUUUACAUUAUCAAUCAAAUCGUCCAAAUACAUCCAUAGAUCGCUAUCGGAAAAAUUAUCAAUUACCAUCUUCUUCUAACCAUACUUUUAGCGAUGUUGAAGUUAAUUCUUCCACUAAAAAUGACAGUAUUUUUAGUCCUUAA